AGUUGACACCUAUGUUACUCAGACACGGAUUGAGUGUCUAUUCGGAUAUAGGUGUCCAAGUGUCCGACUCAGCUAUUUUGUAAAAAAAAUAAAAAAGUCAACUUUUUUUAAUUUAAAAUGAAGUAUCCAAGUAAAGUGUCGUGUCGGACACGACACCCCAUUUUUAAGGCAAAUGAAGGUGUCGGAAUAACACUGAUUGACACUAUGAUUUGCAACAUUAAACAAGCACUUCAAUAUAAUCUUGCGUUUAUCUGUAUGAUUCUAUUCCCUACUUUUUUCAAGUCAACUAUCAUUAACCAAAAUUUAAUUCAAUAGAACAUAUCAUGGACUGUUAAGAAUGACAACUUUCCAUAAUUAUGCAACAACAUUUUGGUUAAUUUGGUUAUAUAUAUAACUGUUCAUUUACUAUCAAUAGUUAAUUUGGUGCUAAAAAAUCCCUGGCAAUAAUAAAAAGAUAACAGAAAAAAGCACCAAAAUUCCAACAGGCCUUAUUUAGCAUGCAUAAUCACUUCUUAUAAAUACCUUCUCCUUCAAAACUAUUCUUCAUCACCCAAAACAUUCAAACACCCUCAAUUCUUACCCAAACAUAUUAAUCAUGGCUAGUAAAAGUUUAUCCUUAAUCAUUCUCUUAUUUUUACUAGCCAUGAAACCAAAAUUAAGUUUGGGUAAGAAAUCCGGUCUUGCAACAUUUAAUUCGAUCGACACUUGUUGGCGAAGGAACCCUAAUUGGAUGAACAAAAGGGAAGAACUUGCAAAAUGCUCUGCAGGUUUUGUAGGGAAGAUGAUUAACAACAUUGGCAAAGACAUGACGAAAUAUGUAGUGACUGAUCCUACUGAUAACGCGAUAAACCCGAAGCCUGGAACUCUUAGGUAUGGAGUUACCAUGGUACCAGGGAAGCCAUGGAUCUCGUUCGAGAAAGAUAUGGAAAUUAAACUUGAACGGGCCCUUAUUGUUGGAAGUGAUACAGCCAUAGAUGGUAGAGGUGCUGUUGUUCAUAUUUCUAAUGGAUGUCUAAUGCUCUACAAGGUAAGUAAUGUGAUCAUCCAUGGGUUAAGAAUCCACCAUUGCCGAUCCCAGCCAGCAGGCUCAGUUAUGGGUCCCGGCUCGAAAUUGAUACCAUUGAGCAAGACGGAUGGGGACGCGAUAAGGUUGCUUGGCUCCACAAAGGUGUGGAUAGACCACAAUACCCUUUACAGGAGUGAGGACGGCCUAAUCGAUGUAACCCUUGGCUCAACCAACAUUACCAUCUCCAACAAUUGGUUUCGCGACCAUGACAAGGUCAUGCUCCUAGGCCACGAUGAUGAUUUCAAGGACGAUAAAAAUAUGAAGGUCACUGUUGUCUACAACCGUUUUGGCCCUAAUUGCCACCAGCGCAUGCCAAGGGUUCGUCAUGGUUAUGCUCAUGUGACUAACAAUUUAUACCUAGGAUGGGAAAUAUAUGCCAUAGGAGGAAGCAUGAACCCUAGCAUAAAGAGCGAAUCAAACCUCUUUGUUGCCCCAAAAUCUGGAUCAAAAGAGGUUAUAAUGAACAUCCUUGACAAGAAAAAUGGAAAAGGAUGGAAUUUCAAGUCUGUGGGAGAUGUCUUGGAAAAUGGAGCUUCUUUUAACGAAACUGGAUCAGGUUUUGUAAAACCGAACUACAGCCCUGAAGAGAUAUUUCCUGUGGAAAGUGGUAAGGUUGUCAGACAACUUACAAGAUCAGCUGGGGCUCUACGUUGCCGAGGAGGAUCAAUAUGCUAAAAAGAUUCACAUAAGUUUUAUAUGUUUCCAUAUGAUCGUUAAGAUCAUUUACGUAUUACUAAUACCUAUGUGAAUCAAAAAUGUGAGGGUGUUUAAUCAAAUAUGUUACAAGGGUGUUCAAUCAUAUGUAUGAUAUGCCAAAUAUCAAUAAAAGGAACAUAUUCAUCA